AUGAGGCAAUUAAAAUCUUCCCGUGGCAAGAUAAGCCCUCGAUUACGAGGGAUUUGUAAUGGGUUGUUUACCCUGGUGCUGGUUAUCUUGUUCUACAAUCAUGGGUAUAUUGCGACGAAUCCAGUUUUAGGGAUUCCAUCAUCCUCGCCAAACCCUAGUUCCAGCUCAAAACUGGGAUUUUCUAGAGUCCGUAGGGGGAUGGCUGAAUUAAGCCCAAAUUCCUCCACCCACGCGAAUGGGACUGAUCUCAACUACAUCAAUGUCGAAAAUUCCGAAUUUUGCUCCGGAAUUCUCGACCACAUCGGGUACGGCAGCAGCUGCGAGUUCUUGAAAACCCACCCGGAAUGCAAAUCGAGUGGGUUCCUCGAUUACCUGAAUUUCUACUACUGCGAUUGCAGUGGGAACACUUGGGCUUUUCUGGUGUUGGGCCUCUGGCUAGCCGCAUUGUUCUAUCUUCUCGGCAACACUGCAGCCGAUUAUUUCUGUUGUUCGUUAGAAAAGCUCUCGGGCCUGCUAAAGCUAUCCCCCACUGUAGCUGGGGUCACCUUGCUUCCUCUCGGAAAUGGUGCUCCCGAUGUUUUCGCGAGUAUUGCGGCUUUUGUCGGGAGUGGAGCUGGCGAGGUGGGGCUUAAUAGUGUCCUAGGAGGAGCUGUUUUCGUUACAUGCAUUGUUGUGGGGGCUGUUUCACUAUGUGUGGCCGAUCAGGAUGUUCGGAUCGAUAAAAAGUGCUUUAUAAGGGACAUAAUGUUCUUUAUUUUCACGCUCACGUCCCUUUUGUCGAUCUUGUUCGUCGGUAGAGUGAAUUUCUUGGCCGCCGUUGCUUUCGUCUCGAUUUACAUUGUGUAUGCUUUUACUGUUGCUGCAAACGAGGUUCUGCGCGAACAAGCCCAGAAACUUAAAUUAGACGCCGUGACCCCUUUGCUUCCUGUUCGGGGGAGCAUAUUUUCAGCCGGGACCAGUCAGGAAGAGGACUCCAUGAUCAGCUCAUUGCUCGAGCUCGACACUCAAAGUGACGGGGCCCAGUCGAAUUCCUCAUUGCCACAAUGGAUGUGGGCUUCUAAUGUCGCGAUAUAUUCGAACCAAGUCCUUAAAAUCCCCGAUGGGGACAAUAAUUUAUGGGGAUGGACGGAUGAGGAGACAGUUUCUGCCGAAGGGCGAUCGUUUUCUUGCUCGAAAAUGUGCACUUUGAUGGAGCUUCCCCUCACAAUUCCGAGGCGAUUGACAAUUCCUUUAGUCGAAGAGGAAAAUUGGUCGAAGACUUAUGCCGUGGGGUCCGCUCUAUUCGCUCCUGUUUUGCUCGCUUGCCUGUGGAGCUCGCAGGACAGCCGCGCAGUCGCUUGUGCCGUCGGUUUCGUUAUCGGUUCGGUACUAUCCUUUUCGGCGUACAAGCAGACAAAGCACGAGCACCCGCCUCAGAAGUUUCUAUUCCCUUGGGUUGCGGGAGGUUUCGUGAUGAGCAUCGUGUGGUUUUACAUGAUCGCCACCGAGCUAGUCGCUUUGUUGGUGGGGUUGGGCGUGAUUUUGGGGGUCAACCCUUCGAUUCUUGGUUUGACCGUGCUCGCUUGGGGGAACUCGAUGGGAGACCUCGUCUCAAACGUGGCUUUGUCGGUGAACGGCGGGGAUGAUGGGGUGCAGAUAGCCAUGUCGGGUUGCUACGCGGGCCCAAUGUUCAACACGCUCGUCGGGCUCGGCGUCUCGAUGAUGCUAAGGGCUUGGGUUGAGGGGCCCGGCCCGUUUGUGGUGCCCAGGGAUGCCAGCCUGUACUACACGCUCGGGUUCUUGCUGGUGGGCCUUGUUUGGGCCCUUGUGGUCUUGCCGAGGAAUGAUAUGCGCCCGAACAGGAUGCUUGGAGGGGGACUCAUCGGGAUAUAUUUGGUGUUUCUCUCGUUUAGGCUGGCUUUUGCUAUGGGUUUAGUCUCGUUGGCCGGGCUCGGUUAG